AUGUCUAUGUCUAUCGAGGAUAGCGCUCCGGCACGCGAGGGAUUUCCCCGGCCUUUCCCAAACACACCCUCGAAUGUGUUGGAACAAUUCCGCCUAGACGGCAAAGUUGUGGUCGUUAACGGCGCCGCUGAUGGAAUCGGUCUGGCGGUAGCACAGGCUAUGGCUGAAGCCGGGGCCAAUGUCGCCCUGUGGUACAACUCAAACAACGCAGCUAUUGAGAAGUCUCAGGAACUCGCAAAUCUACACAACGUGAAAUCCGCUGCUUACAAAGUGGAUGUCUCCGAGUCAACGCAGGUUUCCGAGACCAUGGAAAAGGUUGUUGAAGAUUUUGGCAAAAUUGAUGUUUUCGUUGCCAACGCAGGAAUGGCUAUUUCCAAACCUAUCCUGGAGCAGACUCUAAGCGAGUAUCAGAAACAGAUGUCCGUGAAUGUUGACGGAAUCGUUUACUGCGCCAAAUAUGCGGGCCAUGUCUUCCAACGUCAGGGCUUUGGUAACCUCAUUAUUACCUCGAGUAUGAGUGCUCAUAUCGUCAAUGUACCCGUUGAUCAGCCUGUGUACAACGCUACCAAGGCGUUCGUUACCCACUUCGGGAAGUCUCUUGCCCGCGAAUGGCGAGAGUUUGCUCGGGUCAACAUUGUCUCACCGGGAUUCUUCGAUACAAAGAUGGGGGCCAGCCCGCUUUGCCUCAAUGAAGCAUAUCGUAUGUCAUCUCUGGGACGACAGGGCCAUGUUAAGGAGAUCAAGGGAUUGUAUCUCUACCUUGCAAGUGAUGCUUCAACUUACAUGACUGGAAGCGAUGUGCUCAUCGAUGGUGGUUAUGUUUUGCCUUAA